AUGGUAAUGUAUUGGAUACGGUAUGUUAUGGCAUACCGUAUAAUAGGCUGUAUAAUAUUGUUCGUGUUUUUCUGUAAUCUGAUUUUGGUCGCACGAUUUAUUGACUGGCAAUUACCUGUACAACUAAUUAAUCUACAGGAUCCCAGUUGGGUUGAUAAUGAGGGAGUAUAUCAGUCGCAGAUUAUUGUCGAUAGGUUUUCAUCUUGUGAACUUCUCUCUGGACCAUUGACAGUAAAUGCUUUAUCCAGAAUGAAAACGGAGGAAUGUCGCGCAAAAGCUCGUGAUAUCGUUUGUCAUAUUAAUCAGCUGAUACCUGAUUCACUUCCGAAUACAUGCCCAAAAUACGAUGAUAAAUUACGUGGUCGUUAUGUGGGCUGUUUUAAAGAUUCACCGAAUUCUCGUCUUCUUAAUGGACAUUUUUAUAUGUUUAAAAAUAAUUCACCAUCAUACUGUGUAAAUAUGUGCCUUCGAGCAGGUUAUAGUUUUGCAGCUAUUGAAUAUCGUGAAGAAUGUUUCUGUGGUGAGACAUUGACAAAUGCCGUUUCACUUCCGGAUAUAUCAUGCGAACAGUAUCACUGUGAUGAUGAUAGCUUGUUUUGUGGUGGUUAUAAUGCAGCUGCGCUUUAUCGUACUGGUGUAAUUGGUAGGUAG